CCACAGCCAUCAGUCUAACUAUCCCUUUUCGAAAGCGGAAGCACCGGCGAGCCUCAGUCGUCUUGCUAGAGGCGCUGCAUUGAGGGAGCGAGAGUGUGUAAAGCUGAUAUGUUGGAGUCUCCGAAACAGCCGCGCAUGACGCGGCCCCAGCAGGGCGGCGGUCAGCACGGCGCUCACACCAUCGCCGGGACGAGCACAACGAGUGCAACAGGUUUGCAGCAAAUGAAGAAUCCCCGUCCAGUGCUCGCCAACACGCCACCCCUGAAAGCGCCCAUGGCGUCCGUCAUGCUGUCAGGCGCCAGCGGGGCAAGCAGCUCCUCGUCGUCUAGUACAGGAGCAGGUCCGAAACCCAACUACUCGAUGCAAGUCACGCAGCCAGUGCUGCCGCAGCAGGCGAGCCGGAGUAUUUUUGAACGGUCUUACCAGGACUUUCUUUUAUGUACAUCUGAUGAAUCACUUCUAUAAGUAUGUAUGCAUAAUUCGCCGAUGCUGUAAGUUACUUUUCAUUCUCUGUAUCCCACGACCUCUUCCAGAUCUUCUCCAGUUUAAGAUAGCGCCGCCGGGUACCCGAGCAACCUUGCCGCAACCCAGGACGAACGCCUCAUCUGGAAUAAUGAUUUCGAGCGAGGGUGUGGUGAACACCGGUGGAGGACCAUCUUUAAAUGGUCCGAGCUUCCACGGAGGCGAGGGGCCGGGCAAGGUACUUGGCAGCAAGAAUAGAAGCGUGAAGACGCAUCUUGUUCUUGACCGGUUGAUGAUGGGAGGAAAUUGAUGAAACUAUAAUGAAGGAGGACGAGGAGCUCUUUCAAUUUCAUGUGCGUCAGGGGUGUAAAAAUAUAAAUAUGGACGAGGUCUUGUUCCUUUGUGGUACAAAAGUCGUCUAAAAAGCAAAUAACUCAUAUCAGGGUCCCAACACAACCGUGGCCAACAGCCAGCUCGCGGAUUUCCAUCGUGCGAAAAAUCAAGAGAGAGCCAAGCGACAGGAGGAGCUCGUCGCGGGCAUAUUGGUGCCCAGCGUCAACCUCGUUACAACGACUUCUAAUCCACCGCGUGGCGGGGCCGUUUUGCAGAACUUCGGCAGCACGGGAAUCAUCGGAGGUGGUUCAUCUGCCACCGGAACAACGAGACCGACGCAAGCUUUGUCGUCUACUCCGGGCGGUGAAGUUGUAGAGGGAUACACUUCGUACCAUCUUGAUAGCGAAUAUGGCGUUCUCAAAUGUUACAUUCUCAACUGUUACAUAAAUUUGUAAAUGCAAGAACGGCAAAAAUGAAAGGAGGAAGACUGCGCCUUUUGCAUUACAGAUUUGGCACAGAUUUAGAUGCUGUUUAGCCCUUCGGAUAUUUGUCAUGCGAAGCAGCUUAAUCGUGGCGAUCUUGGUGGCAAAUUUGGAUGACAAAUCAUGUAACAGUUGAGAAUGUAACAUUUGAGAACGUCAUAGCGAAGACGCCGAACAGAAUUUUUAUAACACAUCUUCGCAGCUGCACCCACAAAGGCAACCCAGCGGCGGACCGUCGGUCGCCAGAAAGAACUAUAGCAGGGGCGGUCAACACCACCACCAGCGAGCGAAUGCGAAUCAGCCGAACAAGAAGAGCGUCCUGGCACAAGCACUAAAACACGCGGAUCACGGAGAUGAAGGUGCAGCUAUAAAAUGCAAAAAUGUCUGGGUCUGGAAGAUUGCCAGGUUUGUCAUGCAUAUUUUGCAUGUCCAAUGACGCCUGUAAUGCACGCCCUAGCAUCCCAGAUUUUUAGAAGGCUUCCUGAUGCUUAUUCCGCAUGAGAAAUGCCCUCCCCGUGUAGCACAAACUGGACUCCUUUUGCUAGUCAUGCAAGACAGAUUUUUUUGGAAUCCAAAGACAGCAUCACAAGUUACCACCUUCCAGACCCAGACCUUUUUACAUUUGAUAGCAGCUCUGGGUGACCAAGACUUGAACGGAAGUCAGAAUCUGUCCGCGCCAUUGGCGAACGCGCUGAGUGCGUUGAAGAACAAGAAGAUGCUGCGGCCGCCGGCCGGACCGGGUGGCGGAGUUGUUGGUGGCCAAAAUAUGAACGGGACGACACCCGGCGGGGGCGGAGCGACCGGCUCCUCUGCUGCGGGCACGCCUCUUAACAAUCUAGUAGUACCCCACACAGGGCCACAGAACGCGGCGCGACGGGCUAGCUUACGCAGCCAGGAUCGGACAACUCUGCAGUACAAUAGCCGGGAAUCAAGCCUGCAACGUGGUAGUACUCUUGAUAGGAACUACCGUUCUUCGUACGUGAUCAUCAAAAAAUAGACAUACGUAGAGUUGUUAAUAUGCUGCUUCGACGCUCGCGUUUCUUAUUUUUUUCCCUGUGAUCACAGGGCAGUAGGAAGUUGUCAUCCGUUCCUGCACCUGAAAUAUAACUGCUCCCUCGAAACUUCUACACAGGUCGGUCCGACCGUCGAGAGCCCACGGCCUCCCCGGCGCGCCGCGUCCCGAGCAAUCACCACAUGGGCGGAGGAGCCCCCGGCUCUACUGCAACUCGCGAAAACAGCAGAACGCGGCGGCGCGCAACGCCUGUUCGGGGAACAACUACAUCUAACGCGGUCUCAGCGUCUGCGAACACAACCCCUUUGCGCGGUCGGGCUAGUCCAGAGAGGGGAAGCCGACAAGGUGUAUUAAACGGAGCCCGUCAGAGGUCGAACUCGGCAAGUAACAUCUUGCACGGAGCAGGGAACCAAAACCAUACGUCUAGCAGAGGGGUCGCGAGUACCACGGGUUCAUCUUCAUCGUCCUCUACGUCCUUUCACCCGAACGGCCGCGGCGGUAGUACAACUACUUCCGGCGCAACUGGUACUACACUCGUCGCCCCGACGGGGGGCGAACAGACCCUGAUUCUGGACACGCUACGCCAAGAGUUGCAGAGGAAGGCCGAGCAGUGCGAUUGUCUAACGGAAAAGUGCAAGAACCUGGAGCUCGAGGUCGACAAGUUGCGGCUCGAGGCGAGGCAGUCGGUGAAAAAGGUGGAAUUUUUCCGCGUGGAAAACGAAAAACUGCGCGGGCUUUUGAAGAUGGAGACGAGAAGCGGAAAAAUGUUGAACAUCAGCAGCUCGUCCGCUGCCUCGUCCCCGGCGGAACACCAAAGUGUAGUUUCACAGCAAGGAGAUCUUCAGUAUGGAGGUACUAACGAACCAUCGUCGCCACCGACGAAAACGACGGAUGCGGAACUGGCACUACAGGACGAGCAAGCAGUGGUCGGUGCUGGCACGACCACCCGAGAAGAACGUCUCGCCAACAAGCAACAACCCGCAGAUCAUUACACUGUCGACCAAGCGCCAAGUGGUGCCGAAGAAGUUGUAGACCACCUUAUCCAGAGUAAAAACGUCCCCACCCCAUAGUCAAGAUGGGGACUCGGCUAGACAAAUCCACAAGGUUUGGCUGUUUUGCAUGACAAAUUUCGACUUGUAGUGUAGUGCUGUUUGAGCUAUCUGAGCAGCAUCACAGAUCUAGUAUAUCAUGCUGAUUGGAGCAUGACAAAUUCCAAGACACGAAUGGAAAAUGCUUCUCAUGGGGCUCCGCAUGACAAACAUUUUCAGCAUGCAGACUUGCAUGACAACUCUGGGGUGGGGACGUUUUCAAAUUCGAUACACCUUCCCGCGGCCGAGCCAGAGCAGGAGUCCGAUUGGGUUUUCGUCAUCUAUGGCGUUCUCAGCUGUUACACUCUCAACUGUUGCAUGAAUUUGUGAUGCAAGAAUGGCAACAGUCAAAGGGGCAAGGUUGCUGCUUUCGCAUCACAGCUUUGGCACAGAUUUAGAUGCUGUUUAGCCCCCUCUUGCAGAUUUGUCAUGCGAAGCAGCUUGAUCAUCUCGCGGCUUAAGGUAGUCUUGCAUGACAAAUUUAUGUAACGGUUGAGAAUGUCACGUUUGAGAAUGCCAUAUCAUCCAGGGCGUGGAGCAAGCCUCCUCUCCGGGGGAGAAGCGUUACAGCUGCUACCCGGACACGGCUCUGACGAGGACGGAGAAGCUGGGCAUACGGCUGGUCUCUCUCCGUGGCAACCCCAAAACCGUGAAUCAGGACGACUUCCUGCUCGCCAUGCAGAGGAGUCCGAUCGUGACGACUACAACUAUCGGGGAAGGUGGAGACCACGCAGCAACAGGAAGUGCCAACACUCGUGCGGCCACAGCAAGCGCAUCAUCCUCUUCCUCCUCCUCCAGUGGAACAGCAUCUUCGAACAACUGGCUGUCCACCGUGCGGAACGAGGGCUUUAUCGCGCUCUACGCGGUGUUUGACGGGUUCGGCGAAAACGGGAGUACGUGCAGCCGCCACUGCAAGCAAAGGAUGGCGGAGCUGGUGUUUUAUGCAUUGCAAAAGUAUCGCACUCGUACGAAUCGCGUUUAUGCAUUACAAAUUUUCAUCUCACGGCAAAUCCGCAUUACAAAUUCAAUUUGUAAUGCUAACUCAAUUUGUAAUGCAUUUCAUAGUAGAACUAGUACGAAUACAAUGCUUUUGCACAGGAUAUGUUUUCCCACCCUUUGAUUUUCCAGAACCCGCAGGCGGUGUUGGCGGAAGCCUUCGAAAUCGUGCAGGGGGAACUGGUAUGCAAUGAAAAAGCAUCGUACUAGUACUAAUUGCAAAUUCAGGUAUCAAGGUAUCAAGGUAAACUCGCAUUACGAAUUCCAUUUCUAAUGCUGAGGAAAUUUGUAUUGCACUACCAGUACGAUGCUUUUGCAUUGCAUAACUGGGUGCGAUGUCAAGAGGAAGUAGUGGUAGAAACAACGCGAGCGGUGGAGGAGAAGGCGAAGGGUUGCUGAAACUCGGGGACGGUGCGUCUGCGGCGCUGGCACUGCUGCUGCGAUUGAAAGGUAAGUGGUUAGAUAGGACGUCGAUGUUUUUUUUCACACUAGUACCAUUUGAUGAGUAUGGCACGCACAACAUGCUGCUAUUAAGUAAGUACCUCCUGCUGAUGACCACGUGCGGUUUUCCACUCCCCAGGCCAACCUGCGAUGACGCCGAGUAGCGCAGCAAAAAGUCCAACUCCGGCCGAAGAAGAAGAAUCGUGGGUCGUGGUCGGUUCUAUCGGGGAUUCCCGUGUAGUGCUUGCGAGCCGCGAGGAAAGCCAGAGCGAGGGCAGUACCUUUGGUGCGGUGGCGCUUUCCAAGGACCACACGAUAUUGACACACAAGGGGGAAGCACAGAGGCUGAGAAACAACCCAAAAGCCGAAUCGCAGCCGCAGCAGCUGACGCGGUAUUGCGGAAGAUCAAGAGCCGUUUUUUGCAAUGAGAAUUUCAAUUUUAUCACCAGGUCAGAAAUUAUGCUCGUGACGAGGUGGAUGACUGGCACUGGCACCAUUCUAAUAAAAGUUAAAGUUAAUAGAAGUGAGUUUGAUUCUUAAAAAAAGAGAAAGUGACGCUGUGAGACCCAGAAAUCAAUGGAUUCCGCUCGGGCAAGGUCGUUUAAGGUUUCCCGGGAAACCUUCGGCUUAGCUCGUGCUAAAGUGUGUUGCAAUGCAACCGAAAACGCGGCGCGCGCAAGGACUCCGCUGCUGUUUGUUUGCACAACCGCGCCGCGUCUGCGUUGCAGUCUCGUGCGCCCAGAUCGCCACAGUCGGCUGCGGAUUGCGAGCAACCUGGCGGCCCCGGCAAACCGGCGCACAUUUUCGCAGAGGAUCCCGCAGAGGAUUCCGCAGAGGAUUCCAAAAUCCUCUCAGGAAUCCUCUGGCCCAAGUUGAGCCGUCCCCCGCGCCCUUUCCCCGACGGCAGUGCCUCGAUUUCGGGGGAGGAUUCCGCAGAGGAUUCCUGAGAGGAUUCCAAAAUCCUCUCAGGAAUCCUCUGGCCCAAGUUGCGCCGUCUCUCGCGCCCUUUCGCCGACGGCAGUGCCUCGAUUUCGCGGGAGGAUUCCAUAGAGGAUUCCUCAGAGGAUUCCAAAAUCCUCUCAGGAAUCCUCUGGCCCAAGUUGCGCCGUCUUCCGCGCCCUUUCCCCGGCGGCAGUGCCUUGAUUUCGGGGGAGGAUUCCACAGAGGAUUCCGCAGAGGAUUCCACAGAGGAUUCCAAAAUCCUCUCAGGAAUCCUCUGGCCCAAGUUGAGCCGUCUUCCGCGCCCUUUCCCCGGCGGCAGUGCCUCGAUUUCGGGGGAGGAUUCCACAGAGGAUUCCGCAGAGGAUUCCGCCGUGGAUUCCAAAAUCCUCUCAGGAAUCCCGUGGCCCAAGUUGAGCCGUCUUCCGCGCCCUUACCCCGGCGGCACUACCUCGAUUUCGCGAGAGGAUUCCGCAGAGGAUUCUGCAGAGGAUUCCAAAAUCCCCACCCUCAGGAAUCCUCUGGCCCAAGUUGGCCCGUCCCUCGCGCCCUUUCCCCGACGGCACUGCCUCGAUUCCGGGCGCGGAUUCCACAGAGGAUUCCGCAGAGGAUUCCGAAAUCCUCUCGGGAACCCUCUGGCCCAAGUUGAGCCGUCUUCCGCGCCCUUCCCCCGGCGGUAUUGCCUCGAUUUCGGAAGAGGAUUCCUGAGAGGAUUCCAAAAUCCUCUCCGGAAUCCUCCGGCCGGAUUCGCGCCGUCCUUCGCGGUCUUUCCCCGCCGGCACAGCGUCGAUUUCGGGCACCGCGGCAAACCGGCGCACAUUUUGGAAGAUUUUGGAACGCACUCGAGUGCAGGGCAUCGCGGCAAACCGGCGCGCAUUCUCUCGAUUCUCAAGGCCUCGGGUGGUUGUGCGGACGCCUCCUGUUUCUGUGUGGUUGUCGCAUCUCGAUCCUGCUGCUGGUUGUCAACGCGCCGCUUUGACAACCAGCAACACGCUGACAACUUGGAAGAACCAAGCCGAAACAAGAAAUGUGCGCCGGUUUGCCGGUGCCGGUGCCCGUGCCCACCGCCAACGCGGCAAGGGCAAGGACCCCUAAGGCGGGAGCCUCUGGCGCAAGGGCGCACCCGCCCCGGGCUGGCCGGGUGUCCGUCGGGGAGGGAGUGAAACCCCGCGACGCCGGCGCAGUCCGAGGGGCAAGCACGAAUAUCGGAUCCCUCCUGGCAAGGGGAGAUCCCCGGAGGCUGGGGCGAACGCACCGGGGCGAGGGCGGAUCCCCCGAGCUGAGGAGGAUCCCCCCAAAGAAAGUUCGUAGGCUGGACCCCCCGAGGGCGCGCGGAUCCGCGGGAGGCGGGCCGGCCCUCCGGGGCGAGGGCGGAUCCCCCGAAGAACCGGCGGACCCCCCGGGGCGCGGGCGGAUCCCCCGCAGAACAGGCGGAUCCCCGGGGUGCGGGCGGAUCCCCCGGAGAACCGGUGGGCCCCCCGGGCGAAGGCGGAUCCCCCGGGGUGCGGGCGGAGCCCCCGGGGAACGGGCGCAUCCCCCGGGAACGGGCGGAUGCCCGAGGAACAAGCGGAUCCCCUGGGCGAAGGCGGAUCCCCGGUGAGCGGGCGGAUCCCCGGGGAGCGGGCGGAUCCCCGAGUAGCAGGCGGAUCCCCUGGGCGAAGGCGGAUCCCCGGGGAACGGGCGGACGGGACCCCCUGGGCGAAGGCGGAUCCCCGGGGAACGGGCGGACGGGACCCCCUGGGCGAAGGCGGAUCCCCGGGGUGCGGGCGGACCCCCGGGAGCGGGCGGAUCCCCUGAGCGAAGGCGGAUCCCCGGGAGCGGGCGGAUCCCCUGCGCGAAGGCGGAUCCCCGGCGGGCGGAUCCCCUGAGCGAAGGCGGUUCCCCGGGGAAGGGGCGGAUCCCCUGGGCGAACGAAGGCGGAUCCCCGGGGAACGGGCGGAUCCCCUGGGCGAAGGCGGAUCCCCGGGGAACGGGCGGAUCCCCUGGGCGAAGGCGGAUCCCCGGGGAGCGGGCGGAUCCCCGAGUAACAGGCGGAUCCCCGGGGAGCGGGCGGAUCCCCGUGGAGAGGCGGAUCCCCCAAAAAACAAGAGAAAUCGAAAUCACGAUGCUAUGAGUAUUUAUUUUUCGUCAUUCUAAACACAAGAAAACCACGCUGCCGUCGUGUUUCGCUGGUUUGGGUCUCAGAGCGUCAGGGUCUCUAAAAAAAAUGACAGGCACCUCGGACUGCCCGCUGACCUGUCCGUGGUGAAAACGCAGGCUGAAGUAUGGAUUGCAAAAAUGUCUGGGUCUGGAAGAGUGGAACUUGCAAUGCUAAAUCAGAAUCAUGCAAAGAUCUGUGUUGCAUGAGUGCCAAAACCGGUCCACUUUCGACCAAGUUGGGAGGGAAUUCCUCAUGCAGGAUAGGCAUCCUAGAGACCUCGAAGAGUUUGUCAUGCUAGGUACACAAUUCCAGACCUCAUGCGUCAUGGAAAACCUGCAUGACAAGCCCCGACUCUUCCAGACCCAGACAUUUUUGCAGUUGAUAUGAAGUGAACGCGUACAAAAUCAAUCCGGGCCAGGAUCUGCUCUUGAUUCUGGGCACCAAGGGGUUGUGGAACCAGUACAGCAAUUAUGAAAGUGCACAAUUCCCCCUCCUCCUCAUUUGGAUGGCAUCCGGAGCAACACAAGUCCUCGCAUGGAUGUAGCUUUUGCAUGACAAAUUUGCGACUGUUUGUAGUGCUGUUUCGGUUUGUUCGGGAAUCUGUCAUGCAAGCAGUGCCACAGGGCAAAGGGUGGAUUUGGUAUUUUGCAUGACAAAUGAGGGGGAGGGGGAGUUGUGCACUGUCAUAGCAAUUCUGCCUUGGUUUCCGCACUGCUUGCGAACGGGGUGGAUCACCUGCGGACGAGCUGUGAAAAGGCGAAAAUGCUGCAGUCGAGCCAAUCGGGGGACGACGUGACCGCAAUUGCGGUCAGUUUGUAGUUCGUCUUCUGAUAGUACGAUCUUCGCCAAGAAUUCGAACUACACCGGUAGUUUUGUCUGCACAAGCUGUGAAGAUAGUGCUGGAACCAGUUUGUUGCCCCGUCAUUGGUUACUUCUGCUCUUUAGAACAAGUCGUCGGACCGAACAAUCUGUUGCGAAAGCAAGCAGACCGAAGAGAAAUAAUCCGGUGAACAAGAGUAGCCGAUAAAGGUCGAUAUAUCUGUAGCUCGUACAACUAGUACAGACAACUUCUCAAAAAUCUUGCGAGCGCUAAAGCAAAUGCUUUCACACGGGAACAAGCGCUGGACAAUUUACCACAGAAACAAGAAUAGUAUACAUGCAAGGCACUAUAGAGACUUGUCUCAAUCUUCAUUCAUAAACCACUCGACUCAUUUCAAACUUUUGACAAGUACUUAUCGCAGCGCUGCAUCGACGCAGGCAAUGACAACACGGAAGCAGAAGUGCGACUUGCACUUGCCAGUCAAUUUGAUUGAUUCAUCUGACGACUUGGAC